GCCGCCAUCUUGGUUCGCCGGCCGCAGCGACGUGGGGGGGUAAGGUGCGAGCGGCGCAGCGGGAGGACCGAGGGGACUAUGCUGGCCUCUCUGGCGUUCCGCACGCUGCCACAGGGGCUGCCGCGGCUCCUCCGGGCGCGGCCACGGUGGUCGCCGUCACGUGCGACCUACGGGACUGCGGCGGCGGCUGUGGCAGAGGCGGCAGGGGCCGCCCGACCGCGGCUACUGCCGGUAUCGGCCGCCAGGGGGCGGCGUGGAGUCGCGCCGGCGCCAAGAGCGGGGCUGCCGUGGUGGAUCGCUGCCUGCAGGGGGCGACAGAGGGGCCCGCUGGGGGAACCCCCGCCAGCGGGGCCGGCCCCCAGGGGCUCUCCGCUAUCUGUUCCGCCAGGCCCCGCUUCAGCAAUGGGGCCAGGCCCGGGGGGCUCUCCCGUAGUUAAUGGGACAGGCCUAAAGGGGCCCACCACAGCCGAGAGGCCAGGGCUGCCUGCUCCAGGCCUGGCCCCACUGCACACCCCCCGGCCACCUGCCACCGGCCUGGCCAGCAGUGGCUGCCCUGUGCCGGGAACACCGUCCAGCCUCAUGGCAUUCCUCAGAGAGCCGACGCCAUGGCCUUCGGGUGCAGAGCAGCACUGCUGUCAUGCGGGAGACCCCGGUGGGCAUCAGAGUGGAGCUGGGAGCUGCUCCCCGGGAGCAGGGCUGCCUGCCCUCAUCACUGCGCUGGCUUACUGCUACCUUCGGGACCGUCUGUCCAAGGAGGAUGCUCUUCUGGAAGCUGCAAGGAUUAACAGUGUUUCAGAAGUCAGCAGGUUGUUGGAAGAAGGCGCAGAUGUGAACGCAAGGCACAAGCUUGGCUGGACAGCUCUCAUGGUGGCAGCCAUCAGCAGGAACUCCAGUGUGGUAAAGGCUCUGCUCACAGCUAAUGCAGAUCCAAACCUUGGGGAUGAUUUCAGCAGUGUGUAUGAGAUUGCCAAAGAAAAAGGCCUCCAUUCCUUGGAAGUCCUUGUCACCCGGGAAGAUGAGUUCAACAACCGUCUUAACAUCCGAGCCAACUUCAAGGGCUGCACAGCUCUACACUACGCAGUUCUGGCUGAUGACUACCUGACAGUCAAACUGCUACUGGAUGCAGGUGCCAACCCCCUGCAGAAGAACGAAAUGGGACAUACACCCCUGGAUUAUGCCCGUGAAGGGGAAAUCAUGAACCUUCUGAAAGCAUCAGAGGCAAAGUUCCAGGAGGAGCAGCGCAGGAGGGAAGUGGAGGAACGGCGGAGAUUCCCACUGGAACAGCGGCUAAAAGAGCACAUCAUUGGUCAGGAGAAUGCCAUAGCCACAGUGGGGGGAGCAAUUCGAAGGAAGGAAAAUGGCUGGUAUGAUGAGGAGCACCCACUGGUGUUUCUUUUCUUGGGAUCAUCUGGAAUAGGUAAAACAGAGCUGGCCAAGCAAACAGCCAAGUACAUCCAUAAGGACAUCAAAAAGGGUUUCAUCAGACUGGACAUGUCGGAGUUCCAGGAGAGGCACGAGGUCGCGAAAUUCAUCGGCUCACCACCAGGCUAUGUGGGCCAUGAAGAGGGUGGACAGCUCACCAAAAAGCUGAGGCAGUGCCCAAAUGCUGUGGUACUGUUUGACGAGGUGGACAAAGCCCACCCUGAUGUGCUCACCAUCAUGCUGCAGCUGUUUGAUGAGGGCAGGCUGACAGAUGGGAAGGGGAAGACCAUUGACUGCAAGGAUGCCAUCUUCAUCAUGACCUCCAACGUGGCCAGUGAGGAGAUUGCACAGCAUGCACUGCAGCUCCGGCAGGAGGCCAUGGAGAUGAGCAAGAAAAGGAUCGCAGAAAACUUAGAGGAUGUCCAGAUGGCUGACAAGAUCACCAUUUCCAAGCAGUUCAAGGAGAAGGUUAUUCGCCCCAUCUUGAAGGCUCACUUCAGACGGGAUGAAUUCUUGGGGAGGAUCAAUGAAAUUGUCUAUUUUCUCCCUUUUUGCCACUCGGAGCUCAUCCAGCUGGUCAACAAGGAGCUCAAUUUUUGGGCCAAAAAGGCCAAGGCAAGGCACAACAUCACACUGCUGUGGGACAGGGAGGUCAUGGACGUGCUGGCUGAUGGCUACAACCUUCACUAUGGUGCCCGCUCCAUCAAACACGAGGUGGAGCGGCGUGUGGUGAACCAGCUGGCAGCUGCCUACGAGCAGGACCUGCUGCCACGGGGCUGCACCCUCAGGAUCAUCGUGGAGGAUUUUGACAAGCAGCUGCUGAAAACCACAAAGGAGUCUUCCUCCAGCACAGAAAAAUCCAAGGGGCCGACCCUGCGGCUGGAGAUUGUAGAGAAGGACAGCAAGGCCCGAAAACUGGAGAUCCAGGCACCGCUGAACCCUGAAAACAUCACUUACUUCUUGUAGGCAGCACAGGGUGCUCACAGUAACAAUAAAAUACCCCAAGAGUUGGAGCGAGCGUUGGUGUCAGAAAGGGCAGAGCCACAGUCCUGCCACCACAAGGACAUGGGCAUGGA